AUGGAUGUACUGUUUGGAGUGGCUGGAAGAGAUUACGUUGUCUUAGCAUGUGACACAAUGUUUAGGAAUAACGUUCUUGUUCCCAAGAAUGAUCACAACAAGUGCACAGAGAUAACGAAGUAUUCCGCUGUGAUCUCUGGGGGAAAGCAGGGAGACUGCGACAGGGUUAUACGGGCUGUCCUGGAGCAACUGAAGUACGAGAAUAUUUCCAAUGGCUUGGAGCUCACAGAGAAAGUGUUCUCAAGCGCUCUCCAGGAAGAGAUACACGGAAGACUAAGAAGGAGCCCUGUUGAGCUGAGCUCAAUCGUCGGGGGGGUCUCUGAAGGCACAGGAAAGCUUUUUAUGGUGGAUCAGUACGGCGCGUGCUCAUCGUACAAGCACAUGGCCACAGGGUACGGUGCUCCCUUCUUCAUUACAGGGAUGAAAAUGAAGCAUACAGAUGAAAUGGGAGUAAAGGAGACAGUUGACUUAAUACAGGAGAUAUACGAAGGAGUAAAAAGAAGGCUAGUGCUGAACUACGGCAAGCUGCACUUUUGUGCAAUUACGAAAGAUGGAGUGCAGCGGUUUGAUGACACCUCCUAG